CUGAGAGUCGAGCGUAGGCCCACUGUGAGCCUUUCAAGUGCUGCCGCAGUUGGCCAAGUGGGCGCGCUAUGGGUGGUACUGUGGGACGGUGCAGCGAUAAAAGUACGGCGGUUGAGUGAAGUUGCGAAAUUGCGGUGCGCCUUUGAUAGGCAGAAAAGAGACGAACACUGCUGCUGGUUUUCGUUUUCGUGAAUGCCUCGAGGAUCGUCGUCAGCAAUGCCGCAAAGCAAUAACCUUGCGCUCACCGUUGCAGUUCACUUCUUGUGUCUCUGUGCAGUUGGCGUACCUAUCCUUGUCCUCUUCCUGGUAGGCAAGCCAUUUAAACGUGGCUUCUUCUGCGAUGAUGAAUCGCUGAGGUACCCGUUUCGUGACUCCACUGUCACAUCACCAAUGCUCUACUCCUAUGGCAUCCUCAUACCUAUUAUCGUGAUGACUGUGCUGGAGGGAAUGCGAGCCAUGCUGCGUGUGCACGAGACGAUCGCCACGAGCAAGAAGCUGCUGUACAAAUGGAAGGUGCCAUCGUCACUACAGGUCCUCUAUGUGCUGGUCGGUGUGUUUCUGAUGGGGGCAGCAAUAAGCCAGCUUCUCACCGACAUUGCCAAGUACACCAUCGGGCGUCUGCGGCCGCACUUCUUUGACUUGUGCCAGCCUGUCAACCUGAAGGUCCUGUGUGCAAAGCCGUAUACCUAUGUGGAAAACUUCACCUGCGGCAGCAAUGCAACAGAACACCAGCUAAAAGAGAUGCGACUCUCCUUCAUGUCAGGGCACUCAUCUUUCUCGGCCUACACCAUGAUGUACACAGUGCUGUACAUCCAUGCACGGAUGCCAUGGCGCAACUCUGUGGCCAUGGCUGCACGUACGGUGGUCCAAGUGGCACUGCUGUCACUGGCCUGGUACACAGCACUCUCUCGUGUCUCCAACUACAAGCACCACUGGAGUGAUGUGCUAGCUGGUUCAGCCGAAGGCUACCUGGUGGCCAUUGUCGUGUGGGUGACGUUCUUUGGCUCCUCGUGUCACCACCAUACCAAGUUGACUCCGGAUGUCGAAGCUAUGUCUGUGUCCCAGAAAAAGGAUGACUACGGCACAAUCUGAGCCCAAGGAUUUCUCACUGUACAUUCCAUUUGCAAUACUGUGAUUUGUUAGCUAGUGUGUAGACUCAAUUUCAGUUAUCAUGUGUGAUGAUUGUUGCCACCACAAUAAGGUGGGGCACGCUUUAUUUAAAGGGACACUAAAGAGAAAAUUAAGUUUAGUUGUAUCAGUAAAUUACACUUCUAUGAUACCAAAAAUGGCACUCUCACCAUAGGAGAAGGCCGGGUAAGCCACAAAAUACGCAGAAAGGAAACAUGAGGGGCAACACCACUUUGAAGUUCCCGUACCAGCUUGCCUUGACGUCAUCGAUUUUGACAGCACCUGCUGAGGGCCUAGUUGGUAUUUUACAGAUGUGGGCAAACAAAUAAACUUUCCAGAAAACAAAUUAAAUAUGAACAGAAGUAUUGAAUAUCGAAUUGAAUAUUGAAUUGUCAAUGGUGGUGUGCAUAUAUUUACAGCAGGAAUAUAUGUAUUUUGGUAUAGUUAAGUACCAAUGCCUGUAGUGACUAGGGCAAGAAACACAGCUAUCAGAUACAAAGAAUCAAUUUCAAGCACAGGAUCACUAAUUAUCAUUAAAAAACCUGUACAAAUAGCCUCUCAACAUCUUUAGAGCCUGGUUGUGAACAAGCUCUAAAAAAAGAAAAUGGCCACUGUGUGGUUAGCUUUUCAAAAACUCUAAAUAAAUUAUUGCAAACAAGAUCUGAAAAAAAAAAAAAAAAGAAAGCUGCUAAAGGACUUGUGUGCCAUUCGCACGUGUAAAAGGGCUCAUUACACAGAACACAUCACAAGCUGUAGCAUAAAAGAUAAACACUGCUACCUAACUAGACUUCCCAAAACACAACAUGACAGGCUACAAGUGAUAAUCACAGGUUGUCAUUUCUGCAAAACCAAACGUGCCAAGCGGUUCCCUUUUGAAUACUAGCAUAAAUAUACAUAGUAGGCUAUGCUGUGGAAGCUACGGAAGUAGCUUUAAGAAAUUGUAAAAAUGGUCUAUGGAAGAUAGGACAAUUCUAGCCCUUGAACUAAAAAAUCGUUUAUUGAGGCCAGACAUUGCAUCCACAAAAAAUGAAAUGCGUAAUUGACUAACUAACACAGUUUUACUAAUUAAUUUACAGCACAUAUUGCACUCUACAAAUUGUGGCUAGUCAGUUCACAAAGCGUAUCGACUUGGAACAAAUUUUAAGGAUGGCACUUGUUUCAAGAUAUGCACCAUCAACCUUGCAUAAAUAUGCACUGUACUUGCCCUUACCUUUUUAUGAAAAUGUUUUACACAUUGAAGCACGAAAGUAACUGGAACGCCAACGCAUUUUGUUGACCACUUUGAAGAUUAACAUCUUGAAACUGCUGCCAACCUGAGAAUUCGUUCCAAGCAGAUAUGCCUUGCAAACUGACUGCCUACAAUCAGAAAAUUGCAAUAUGCACUUGUAAAGUAAUAAAUUAAAUAGUUAAUUAGUGCAGUUAUGUCAAUUACUCAAUCAAGCAUUUUGAUCUCCCAUAGAGGUAAUGUCCACCUCACCAAGUAGUUCAGUUCAUCGGUUACAAUCGUGCUACCUACUAAAGGUGAUUUUGAAAAAAUUUGGUGCAUCUAAAGAGAGAGCACCUGGUACAUUCCUACUUGUAGGCGCAAGUUUACGUCAAAUCACAUGUUACUUAUGCAUAUUUCUGCUUUUAGUGCGCAGCGUACUAUGUUUUGGCACAGCGCAAGUUGUGGCUGCUGGUUGCAGAAGCACGUUACGCCACUCGUAUGGUGGCGAAUAGGUUUAGAUUUCAGAAGCCUUUCGUGUGUAAUAAAUACGCCAUGUUUUGUGACGUAGAAGUAUGAGACAUAAUUUUGCCUUGAAUUACACAGCGCGUAUGUAAUGUCUUUCUUUCACAUGUGAUGCACUACUUUUUCGUAAUGGAUGCAGACAGUGACCUCAAGCCUUCGUAACAUAGCCUGCUUUGCAAGAAAUGGAUAGUUGGCACCAGAUUCUUUUCGAAACUUCGAAUAUUUGCCCACCCCUAGUUUGUUUUAAUUGGUAAACACGGACUGCAUCAUGUUAUAAAGGGGCCAAAGAGUGAAGUUAUAGAAUCAGAACAUUUAAAGCACUGCAAUGGCAUAUAUGCAAGAAAAUGCUUAAAAAAUCCAUGACGUCACGCUGGCAUACAGGCACUGGGAUUUUAGCACGAAAUUCAAGGAAUGGAAGUUUGGCUUCUUUGUCUAUACUUGCAGACGACUUUUAUUGGCAAUGAAGUAAUAGCUACAGGGGUGGAGCUUCCGAACAAUUGUUACUACAUCACGUAGCCCCAGCUGAGCUUGACGGCGGUUGCAGUUUCCUGGAGCAGAUAUUAAAUCAGUGUAGCUUCCACGUGCAAUAAUCUUGCAUUAGGAAAAUUGAAAAAAAUGGAAAAGUAAUUCGGAUUUAACACGUGCAUUUUAUGCCUUAAUUUUAAUAAGAAAUACAAUGUUCGUGCUUUCUGUUCCCCAGCUUAAGCCACUGCAAAUGAAAGAACUUUGGGGUCUUAGUGCAGUUUCUGUUCACAGUGUGCUACUUGUGCCCAAUUUGCAUCUGUGGCUUUCCUUUCACUGUCACAGAAAGCUGUCUGCCUGUGUAGUAAUGAACAUGUUGCAACGAAAUUAACAAAAAUCAAAAGUUUUGAAGGUCUACUGUGUCAGUCUAUACUGAUUUAUGGUUUCUCUUUAGACUCCCUUUAAGUACUAUAUACAGGGUGAUCAUUUGUAAGUCUUACGGGAUACUUAAAAAUCGCCUGUGGAAGAAAGCAUAAUUCUUGUAAUUGAACUGUAUUAUUCAAAGAGACGGACAGCAUUAUGGCGAGAAAUCGACAUACAUAUUCAACUAAAUAAAGGAGGAUGUGGCACUAAAAUAGCAUUUUCUAAUUUUGUUUGAGUUCCCAGACAUCACCAAGUCUGGUUGCAAUCUGCACAUAAUUCUGGCUGUGGUGCCCUUGUCUACAAGCACAGACAAGGGCACUGGACUGCUCUAAAGGUGAAAAAAAAAAAGCGAAGACAUUUCGAAGAAAUCGUCACAGAGCAGGUUCAAAUUGAAGAGGAGGGUCAAACCUAUGCAGCAGGGCACCUCGAUUAAUUAUUUUUGUUCUUAAAAUAAAAUUACGUGUUCUGAAAUCGUUUAGCUUGCUUUUCUCAGGUCGCACAUUUUGGCUGAACAAAACCUGUGAGAAGGCUAUCAUUUCCAAAAUGCUUCGCCAAAGCCUGCUUCCAAAGUAGUUUUUGGGCUAAAAUUUUGUCAAGGACAAGGCGAGGUACUUUUUAUAUCACUAAAUUUUUAUCAACACAAAGAAUUAUUACAUAUAUGACAAAUAAUGACAACGAAAAGAUUUGAACUUAGCCUCAAAGUGAUGACAUUGUUACAAAAAUGCAAUGAAAAACAUGCAACUGGCCUUAUCCUGCACUAUAACCCCCCGAGAAACUAUCUAACAAUAACAAUCAGUGUGCCUUCAUUAUCUUUGAAAUGAUUUUUCCUAAAGUGACAUGCCUAAUUGGUCCUUAUGACAGCCACACCUUUUUUCUAUUUGAUCUGUAUUAAUAAAGUUUAGAAUAUGUACUCAAAACAAGGUACCUAAACCUAGAAAUCUUCAUAUUCAUGUAACCUGCAUCCCCUUAACAAAAAUUGACCAAUUAACUUUUUAACUAGUUACGUUACAGUGCAUGUUGCAAUAUACUAAUUGUAGCCAGUGAGAUUGCAAGUUAUUCAACUAAGUUAAUUAAGAUGAGUGAAUUUUUCGUUAAUUAGUUGAAUAUACAUUUCGAUUUCUCAUGCAAGUAAUGUCCACCUCUUUCACUAAUCCAGCUCAAGGCCUAGAAUUAUGUUAUCUGCAAGAGACAAUUUUUAAAAAAUUGUGUAGAACUUAUAUAUACAUCUGACAGGUUCAGGUGGCAUGCGAGUCUCUUGCUCAGGUUCCCAAAACAUUUGCUUUCUCAAAACAGGUCUUUUGCUGUCUACCACCCGCAUGCAGGCAAAGGGCUCCUCUCGCUGGACAGAUUCCGCUGCCUGGCUCCAAUGUCACAAGACAUGAGCU